GCGGCGGGGGGGACAUGACGGUCGAGGGCGCGGGCGCGGAGCCCGGCGCGGCGCGGCUGCCCUCCCGGCUGGCCAGGCUGCUGUCGGCGCUCUUCUACGGAACUUGCUCCUUCCUCAUCGUGCUGGUCAACAAGGCGCUGCUGACCACCUACGGUGUAGAAGCAAAAAGCCGGAAACCGUUUGCAAAGAGGCAGAAACGAAACUUUUAUUUGAUUGGCAAUCGACAGAGGAGGCGUCUGGUCCGAGAGGAGAGCAGCUUCCCAUCGCCAAUUGUUCUCGGAAUUGGACAGAUGGCGGCCACCAUAAUGAUACUGUAUGUGUCCAAGCUGAAUAAAAUCAUUCACUUCCCCGAUUUUGACAAGAAAAUUCCUGUAAAGCUGUUCCCUCUGCCCCUCCUCUAUGUUGGGAACCACAUAAGUGGAUUGUCAAGCACAAGGAAAUUAAGCUUGCCGAUGUUCACCGUGCUCAGGAAGUUCACCAUCCCGCUGACUCUGCUCCUCGAGACGCUCAUCCUCGGGAAGCAGUUUUCGCUGCACAUCAUCGCCAGCGUCUUUGCCAUCAUCCUCGGGGCGUUCAUAGCAGCUGGCUCGGACCUUGCUUUUAACUUGGAAGGCUACGUUUUCGUGUUCCUGAACGACGUCUUCACAGCCGCCAAUGGGGUUUACACCAAGCAGAAAAUGGACCCGAAGGAGCUGGGGAAAUACGGAGUGCUUUUCUACAACGCCUGCUUCAUGAUCGUCCCGACUCUCAUCAUCAGCGUCUCCACCGGAGACCUUCAGCAGGCUACUGAAUUCAACCAAUGGAAGAAUGUUCUAUUUAUCAUGCAAUUUCUUCUUUCCUGUUUCUUGGGGUUCCUACUGAUGUACUCCACGGUUCUGUGCAGCUAUUACAAUUCUGCCCUGACGACAGCGGUUGUGGGAGCCAUCAAGAACGUGUCCGUGGCCUACAUUGGGAUGCUGCUCGGUGGAGACUACAUUUUCUCCGUGUUAAACUUUGUAGGGUUAAAUAUUUGCAUGGCAGGGGGCCUGAGAUACUCCUUCCUGACGCUGCGCAGCCAGCUGAAGCCCCCCCAGCCCGAGGACGAAGAAAGCAGCCCCCCGGAUUCCAAGGGCUAGGCCCCCGCCCCCAGGCCGAGCCCCUGGGGCUCCCAGGAGCACACUACCUCACGCCCACUGCCCCGCGAGCCGAGCCUCCCGGAGCCCUUACCAGCCGAGAGCGAGGCUUUUCGAAAUAAACCACCAAGAUGGGCGUCGACACGAGGGGGUCUUCAGAAAACCAUGGUGACUGGCAUUACUGUGAAACUCAGCGUAAUUAAAAAGAAAACUUUGUUUUUGGUACCCAAAUAUAAGGAUCCUUUAGAAGGUUUUUGGAAAAAACAAAUUAAAAGCUAAAUUUGUUUUGAUGUCGAAUUUUUUUAAUUGAAAUCCAGGCAUAAUUUUUAUAGUAAGUGUUGUUCAUGAACGUUUUUAAAGACACCGAAUCAAGUUCUUUCAGUUCAUUUUCUGUGAGCUUUUGGAAGUUCCCUGGUGCAGCGCUGGGUGUCGUGGACACACCCGUGCUGUCCCCUUGUUCUGUCGGCUGGCAACGCUGCAGGGGUGACCGUGUGACAGGCACGCUGGCCCUCAUUUCAAAGGUAGUAGCCAAAGCCAAGGGCCAGUGAGAUUUACACACAUUUACACACACACACACACAGAGCACAGUGUAAAGAGACAUGUCGUUAUUUCAAUAAAAUUACCCAAUUAACAGCCAGCCAAGAAAGAGCUUUGUUAGCUUUUUUUUUUUUUUUUUUGACAUAUAGAGUCGUAGAAAGUGAGAGAGAGA